CCCUACCGCCGCUACUUGCUCCCCAACCAGAUUCCACAGCCCUUUUGCCUCCCCUUCAACUGCCCCAACCACUCACUCACCUCGCCUGCCCGCUGUUAUAUCCCACGUCGUCGCCGUGCACCUCCCUUCUCGUCCAUGCACGCAUUCAAGGCCCUCGUGCAUCUCCAUGGACACCGCCACCGACCAGCACGCCCUCCCCAGCCCCCCUUUGGUCCUCCACGCUCCUCUCAUCUCCACUCGCCGCUCUUCCACCUCCCUCUGCCACAACGCCCUCGCCCACUCCACCUCUGCCCUCCGGUUGAGGGUCCCCUUCUCCUGGGAGACCUCCCCAGGCGUCCCCAGGUCUCGCGUUAACGGCUCCGACUCCGACAACCCGCCGCCUCCCAAGCUUCCGCCGGGCCGGCGGUGGGCGGACGACGACGAAGACGAGACGAACCGGAAGCUGGUGCGGGUCCUCGGUUACGAUCCGUAUGCCUCCGGCUCCAGCGAAGAAGGAGAAGAGGACUUGUUUUCUGAUGCGCUGGAGAAGAUCUCCACGUCGGACAGGUUCGACGUCGCCUGCAGGCUGAGCUCGUUCGGCGCUUAUAAGUCCCCCGGCUUCAUCAUGGACCGGUUUCUUCCGGCGGCCAACGCGUUAGCCAAGUCCUCCGUCCGCAGCCUCGACGGCGGGCGACGAGGCCGCCGGGAUUCUUCCCCCUCGCAUCAACUGCAGAGGGAGGCGAUCUGCAGGGCGAGGCUCAAGCAGCGGCCUUCGGUGCUGGCCAAUGAUCCCCGCCGCGACGUCCUUCCCCCGUUGGAUCCCUACGCUGAGGCUCGAGCAGAGUCGCCGUCCAUGGCCUGCGGAUUGAUGCUUUUCUUCCCGUGGAGCUUCAAGCCCACUGUCUGCGGCUUCAAGAGCCCGGCUCGAACGACCGGCACGCCAAGGUCGGUCUCCGGCCUCUGUUCCACUCCGAACAAACUCUACACUGGUAACUACGUCGACCAGGGGACCAGCUCUAUCACCUUCAAGAGCCCCCUCCGAGCCCGAAACCUCAGCGACGGAUGGAGCUCUGACGAGGAGGACAACGGAGGCGGCAGCAGAGGCGGCGGAGGCCGCUACGUGGAGAAGUUGAGUGUGAAGGUGAGGCAUUCUCACGGGUGGAGGAUGCCCUUUCUUGACACAAGCAGAUUGAGCAGCACGGCGAGCCGAGUGGAGAAGUGGAAAGACAAGGCAAGAAUAACGAGAGUCGGAGGUAAUGACGCAGAGAGAAAGGAGAGGAGGAGCAAUGAAGUGGUUGCUCCGGCGCCGGAGAGCAGAAGAAGCCACAGCUCAAGGAGGUUGCCUCAGCUUGCAUCCCCCUCUCAGUCCUGGCUCGCUCAGGCUUUUGGCUCCAUUAAUAAGAAACCCUAAAUAAUUAAGUUUGCCUACAAUAUCUAUAUGUUUUAGUGAAGAUAUAAAAGAAUAAGUAUAUAAAGAAAAAAAAUUGUGAAGGUAUAAAAGAAUAAGUCUGUCAAUAAUGAUAUACAUUU